AUGCAUGUUCUUCAACGUGCUAAUAUAUCGAUUUUCAUUAAUAUUAAUGAUUUAAACCAUAUUAGGUUGUCACUACUAUUCACUGAUCAUCGUCAUGUUGAUGUUCGUUUUGCCUUCAGUCUCAUUAAUUGUCUUCCACAUCUCGAAGUACCACAAUAUAUACCACGUGGUAAUCGUUUUCAUCCACGAGAAGCUCGUGAUGAUCAAUAUUAUUAUCAUAUGUGGUAUACUCUUCCGUGGACAUUUGAUGAAUUCUUUCACGAAGCAUAUAUUCCACACAGAAGGAUUAUUAAAAUGCAAGUAUUUGAAAUAUCUCGAAAAAUUAUAACAAUCGGUCAAUCAUUUCUUCGUUCAUUCAAUAUGUCGGGACCAACUCUACCAUUAUCUAUAUUCUAUUUACCUCAUGUGGCAUUAUCUAAUUGUAUUGAAAUGUUACACUUGUCCUUUUAUAAUACAUCUAUUCGUAUAGAUUUACCAGCACUUCAGCAUAUGACUUUGGUAAAUAGUAUUAAUUGUUUAAACUGUUAUUCUUCAUUUCCAAAAACUAUUCGCUCUAUUCAUAUUCUGCUUUUUUUUAAUACUUUUCNUUUUAGUUGGCUGUCAUGGAUCCAAUGGAUUAGUGCAUUUCGAUAUGCUUCAAAUGUCCUUACUAUUAAUGAAUUUCAAGGUUUAACUUUCUGUUUACCAAAUCAAACUGAUUUUUGUCCAGUAACAGGUGAUGAGAUACUUGAUAAGCGAGGACUUGCUCAUGAUAAUGCAUGGGAUUUAUGGAAGAACUUUUUUGCAUUGACAGUGAUGGCUAUGUUAUUGCUUAUUUUCGCUUACAUUCAACUUGUUAGAAUAAAAAAAAACAAAUAA